UAAAUAUACUAUUCUCUCACAACUCUCUCUGUUCAUUUAGUAAUACGAGAAGGCCACGAGCGAAGAAGACCCUGCCUCCGUUGAGAGAAGUUAUUGUCGGAGCAAAGCUGUUGUCGGAGAGAGCAUGUUUGACGGCGGAGACGCUGCCGCCACGAGCGAGGUACUCAACCACGCCAAACGCUACUCCACGCUCUCUCGUUGUUCAAGGAAACCCUUUCUCUUUCUACGACCACGUUUUCGGUAAUCUGAUUUCUUCGCUGCAUGGUGGAAGUACGGUGGGGUGCUUUGGGUUCGUUGCAAGCUGGAAAGACGAUUUCUUCGCGUAAGCCAGGGUUUGGUGGAGAAGGGAAUUGAAGCUAGUUUUUGUUUUUUCCCAGUGGUGUUCAAUUGAGGAGGAACAAUGUCAGUGACGGCAGGUGUUAGUGAUACUGUAAUAGCAAUUAGGGAUAAGCUCAGAGGUAAAAUUGGGCAAACGAAAGUUAAGCGUUAUUGGCCUGGUAAAGUUCCUGAGUGGGCUGAUGAUGAGAUAGAAGACGCUGCCCCCGUUGAUAUUAGACCCUCCAGGGAAGCUGCCUUGGAGAAAGCCUUUCCUCGUCACGAAGAAGAUGCUGCUAUUGUUAGAAAAGAUGACCGUAGGCUCCGGCGUUUGGCUGAGAGCCGGAUUGAUAACCGUGAGGAGGUCCGGGCUGAUCAUCGCCGCAUUCGGCAGGCUGAGAUUGUCUCCACCAUUGAGGAGGAGGCCAGGAUGCAGGAAGGGUUGGAGUUGGAAGAACAAGAUGAGAAUGCUUUGGCGGAAAGAAGGAGGCUGAUUAAAGAGAAGUUGCUUCAAAGAGAGCAGGAAGAGGCGCUUCCUCAAGAAGAGGAGGAUGAAGAGGAAGAAGAAGAGGAGGAGGAGGAAUCUGAGUAUGAGACUGACUCAGAUGAGGAAUAUACGGGAGUGGCUAUGGUGAAGCCUGUGUUUGUUCCCAAGUCUGAGCGAGAUACUAUUGCUGAGCGUGAGCGUCUUGAAGCUGAGGAGCAAGCCCUUGAGGAAGCAAGGAAAAGAAGAUUGGAGGAAAGGAGGAUUGAGACAAAGCAGAUUGUUGUUGAGGAGAUCCGGAAGGAUGAAGAGAUCCAGAAAAACAUGGAAAUGGAGGCCAACAUCGCUGAUGUGGAUACUGAUGAUGAAAUCAAUGAGGCAGAGGAAUAUGAAGCUUGGAAAGUGAGAGAGAUUGGUAGGAUCAAGAGGGAUAGGGAGGAUCGUGAGGCAAUGUUGAAGGAAAAAGAAGAGAUUGAGAGGGUGAGAAACAUGACUGAGGAAGAGAGGAGAGAGUGGGAAAGGAAGAAUCCAAAACCUGCUCCACCACCAAAGCAGAAAUGGAGGUUUAUGCAGAAAUACUAUCACAAAGGUGCUUUCUUCCAGUCUGAAUCUGAUGAUCAAGCUGCCACUGUUGGAUCUGAUGGGAUUUUUACACGUGAUUUCUCUGCCCCAACUGGGGAGGAUAAAAUGGACAAGACAAUAUUACCAAAGGUUAUGCAAGUCAAGCACUUUGGUCGUAGUGGAAGAACUAAGUGGACCCAUCUUGUCAAUGAGGACACUACUGAUUGGAACAACCCGUGGACCUACAACGAUCCACUUCGUGCAAAGUAUAAUGACAGAAUGGCCGCUAUGAAUGCACCUAUAGCAAAACCUAAAGGAAGCAGAAAAUUGAAGGACUGGGAAUCUCGAUGAACUUGAUGUUACAGAUUUAUGCAUGAAGAUCUUGUCCUUUCAGUUAUUAGACUUGGGUGAACUACCAGACUAUAAAUGUCCUUGUCCUAUGUAUGGUUAUGUUAUGGAUCAUGAAAGGCAGUUCGUGCAGAUUGUGAUAGGAAUUCAUCACUAGUUUAUCUGGUUAUUCUUUCCCUGUUAGUGAAUCAUAGCUGAUUUAGAGUCCUGCUAGGGCCAGCCUAGCCUUAUGCUAUGACUUCCUUUAUUUGUUUUGUCAUAGUUUUGGCUGGCUUUGAGGAUUUUGUUGAGUUUGCUGCCUAUAUUGUUGCUUUAGGAGCCACUUUUUCAAUUUAAGAUCAUUAAUGUUCGAGGGUUAUUUACUGUAUAUAUACAUACUAUUAGAUAUUAUAAAAUCCAAUAAUUUAACAACUUUAUUUUGUUU